AUGCAAAGCUUGAAGGGUCAAGCUAUUGCAGCUUUCAAAAACAGUCUACCUUCCCUUUACCAACGGUGCAGACCUCUGGUCGAUCUUUUGAUAUCACUAUUUGUGGAGGAUACCUAUUUGAAUCUUGACGACAAUGAUCUUCCUUCCUGGCGGGUUGAAAAGACAUCCACAGAGCAGUGCCAGUUUCGAGAUAAGAUUGUUUGGUACCUCAAGAGCCGGCUGCGGGACAAACAUAAUGGCAUUAUCCAGUUGAACGAUGAUUAUAAUCUCCAGUUUGAUGACGCUUACGAGGAUGAUGUCUUCGUUAUUGUUUUAUACUGGUAUCUAAACGACGAUUUAGCCAAAUUUCUUCGCCAGAGAAAGGCUCCUACUACCUGCAGAUCCAUGAGUAAGUCUAAUGCUAGUAUUCACAAGCUACGGCCUAACAUAUUUUAG